AAAGUAGACUGUCUCCCUAUUUUGCUGUUUCACUGUACUCGGAAGGUUUUAGUUGCUGACAAUUUCAGGACAAGAAAUUGCUGUGGAGAACGCGGUUUGGCUGGAGCAGAUCCACAGUGAGAAGCCUGUUCUCAUUUCACCGCUGGUGCAAGACAAUGGAGACAGAAAUCGAGCAGCAGGAAGAAGAGACCACUUUCAGCAACACUGACACUAACGGAAAACGCCCUGCCGAGGACAUGGAGGAGGAGCAGGCCUUCAAGCGCUCUCGCAACACUGAUGAGAUGGUGGAGUUGAGGGUACUGCUGCAGAGCAAAAAUGCUGGAGCUGUUAUCGGAAAGGGCGGCAAGAAUAUAAAAGCCUUACGCACAGACUACAAUGCCAGUGUAUCUGUCCCUGACAGCAGUGGCCCAGAGCGGAUCCUGAGUGUAAGUGCAGAUAUUGAGACUAUCGGAGAGAUUCUGCUGAAGAUUAUCCCUACUCUGGAAGAGUACCAGCAUUAUAACGGGAUUGAUUUUGACUGCGAGCUGCGUUUGCUGAUCCAUCAGAGUCUGGCCGGAGGCAUCAUUGGGGUGAAGGGUACCAAGAUAAAGGAGUUAAGAGAGAACACCCAGACUACCAUCAAGCUAUUCCAGGAGUGCUGUCCUCACUCCACUGACCGAGUGGUUCUGGUUGGAGGAAAGCCAGACCGUGUCGUCGAUUGCAUCAAAGUUAUCCUGGAGUUGGUAUCUGAGGCUCCUAUCAAAGGGCGCGCCCAGCCUUACGACCCCAAUUUCUACGACGAGACAUACGACUACGGCGGCUUCACCAUGAUGUUCGAGGAGCGGGGCCGGCGGCCUAUGGGGGGGUUCCCCGUACGGGGCCGGGGUGGCUUUGAGCGCAUGCCCCCCGGCCGCGGCAGCCGACCCAUGCCCCCCUCCAGACGGGACUAUGAUGACUUGAGCCCUCGCCGGGGACCGCCCCCUCCCCUGCCUACCAGAGGGCGUGGAGGGAGCCGGGCUCGAAACCUGCCCCUCCUACCACCACCCCCAAGAGGAGGAGGCGACCGGUUCUCUCAUCAGAGCUAUCACGGCAACAUGGACGACAGACCAAACAGCGACAGGCGAGGAAGACCAGGAGACCGCUACGACAGCAUGAGUGGUGGAUACGGUGACAACACUUCCUCCUGGGAGCCCUUUCAGUCUGGUGGCCGAGGGUCAUACAGUGACAUCGGGGGUCCCGUCAUCACGACACAAGUUACCAUCCCCAAGGAUCUGGCCGGCUCCAUCAUUGGGAAGGGCGGACAGCGGAUCAAGCAGAUCCGUCAUGAGUCGGGAGCGUCCAUCAAGAUCGACGAGCCACUAGAGGGCUCCGAGGACCGCAUCAUCACCAUCAAUGGAACACAGGACCAGAUCCAGAACGCCCAGUAUCUACUGCAGAACAGUGUGAAGCAGUACUCUGGUCGGUUCUUCUAAAGAGGGAAGAGGAGCCAAUCUGCCAUGCCCGUUCGCUCCCUCUAUUCAGAGCCAACAUUCCUCAGCUUUGGGUAGUUGUGUGCCCCUCACCCUGUCAUCUAACACCUUUUAAUAAGAAGUUUGGAAAUUCUCUCGAAGCUGUCGGAUGAGUGUAUCCCUUUUUUUUUUUGCCUUGCUUGUUUUUUGGGGUUUUUCUUUAUUGAUUAUUUUCCUGUUCUGUACUUGGAGUAAACUAACCUGUCUGUGUUCACUCUUGGCCUCCCCUGCUCCUCCCAGUCAGUACAGCAUGCAGAAUGUAAUCUUGUUUUGUAAGACAUUUUAUGAUUUAAAAAAAACAAAAACAUCUAGUUUAUUUUUGCUUAAUUUUUUCCCCCUGCUGAAAGAUAAGGGGCUGUAUAAAAAUGUACAGUAAUUGUGUCAUAGGAUGAAGAGUGCUAGGAUUGUUUCAUUUUGUUGGGAGACUGAUAGGGCUAAAAUAAAGUAUUGUUAAUUUUAAGUUUUCUACAUGAUUUCAGCUGGUUAACGGGGAGGGACUUGAUAUAAUUCCUUUAAUAUGUAAUCAUUGACAUUUGGAUCCAUUUAGACUGGCUAAAGCCUGUUUUUUUUAUUUAUGUCGGUUUGGAAGUGUUUUUAACAUUUUAGAUGGGCUCUUUGUAGACACCAGUCAGUUUGGGAUGGGAAUGCAGCCUUUCUUUCCAUAUGAGUGGCAUGUCACCCCUGUUAAUCUACCGGUCUGUGGGGUAUAGUGUCUGCUGCAAGUCUGAGUAAUAAAGUCUGUGCCACCUUUUACUAAACAUGUGGGGGGAGGUUUUGUUAUUUUUCCAUGUUUCCUAGAUGCGAUUAAUAAAAUGGUGUAAUAAAAUCAA